ACAAGAUGUUGAAUUACAGCCCCUCGGGUGUCAGCGGGUGCCUGCUGGACAGGAAGGCGGUGGGCACCCCGGCCGGCGGGGGUUUCCCUAGGAGGCACUCUGUCACCCUGCCCAACUCCAAGUUUCACCAGAACCAGCUCCUCAGCAGCCUGAAAGGGGAGCCGGCUCCCAUGCUGGGCCCCCGGGAAAGCCGCUUCCGGGACCGCUCCUUCUCCGAGGGCGGCGAGCGCCUGCUGCAGCAGAAGCAGCCCGGGGGACAGGCCAACUCCAGCCGCUACAAGACGGAGCUGUGCCGCCCCUUCGAGGAGAACGGUGCCUGCAAGUACGGCGACAAGUGCCAGUUCGCCCACGGCAUCCACGAGCUGCGGAGCCUCACCCGCCACCCCAAGUACAAGACCGAGCUCUGCCGCACUUUCCACACCAUCGGCUUCUGCCCCUACGGGCCACGCUGCCACUUCAUCCACAACGCGGAGGAGCGCCGCGCCGUGGCGGGGGGCCGAGAGCCCGCCGUCACCGACAGACCCCGCCUGCAGCACAGCUUCAGCUUUGCCGGCUUCCCCAGCACUGCUGCCAGCGGGCUGCUGGACAGCCCCACUUCCAUCACCCCGCCGCCCAUGCUGAGCGCCGACGACCUGCUGGGCUCCCCCACCUUGCCUGACUGCGCCAGCAACCCCUUCACCUUCUCCAGCCAGGAGCUGGUCAGUCUCUUCGCCCCCAGCAUGGGGGUGCAGGUGCCCAGCGGGAGCUCCCCCACCACCUUCUUGUUCAGGCCCAUGUCCGAGUCCCCCAACAUGUUUGACUCGCCGCCCAGUCCUCAGGACUCCCUCUCCGACCAGGAGGGCUAUCUGAGCAGCUCCAGCAGCAGCCACAGCGGCUCAGAUUCCCCUAUCCUGGACACCUCAAGACGUCUUCCCAUCUUCAGCAGACUCUCCAUCUCCGAUGACUAAUCUGGGGUUUCCUCUUGCUCCCCCCACCUCUAUUAUGAUGUUAAGCUGAACUCCCCCCUCCCUGUCCCCAGUAGUCCAAGCUGGAUGUUAACGUGUCUGCCUGCCUGCCGUAGACCCACUGGCUUAAACCUUAAGUGCCAAAUUACAAUGAAAAGCAAUA